AUAGUCACAUCCACGUGUCUGAUUCCUUGGAUAAAUCCAUGGCUGUCUCAGCAUCCAAUCAUCCAUGUAUAUAAAUACAGGGAAAUGAGUAAAAGAGGGUGGCGCUAGGCGGAGAAAUUGAGGAAUCAAAAUUAAGAGGUCUGGAGUCAUCGCCCAAGGUUGACGCAGGCCUAUAUUCGAAAGUAAUAAUCUUCUCUAAGACAUGGACAGACCAUGCAUAUGGUCGGACUUCUUCCAAGACUGGGUGUUAAAUUUUCAGGAACUGUGUGAUUGGCGAUUUCUCAUUUUUGGAAACGUAGUUCCUGUUUCCUUUGUCAACUGCACUUAGUAAACUGGCUUUUAAUCAGUACAGGAGGUGUGAUGCAUAUUUCUUUUAGGUUGAGUGUUGAUUCUCUAGCUCACAUAUACGAUGCAUUGCCGUUAAAUAUUGAUUCAAGAUGCUCCAAAAAGCGGGUUAGCAGGGCUGAAUUCUGCAAAUAUUAGAGUCCGUUGCACUGAGUGUUUCCUAGGGCGAUAACUUAUUCUUCUUCUCAACAGUUACCAGUUAGAACUGCAAUACACAGUCCACUGUAGAUCUGGCAUCAGAUUGAGUACUUUAUAAUGAGUUUUCUGUUAUCAAACCUGUGAUAACUGUUGAUUGUGUUCUAAUCAUGGAGGUUCCAGAUGCUGUCUAGCAUAUUGAGGCAUUCUCUAAACUUCUGUCAAGAUGAUCUGCGUUUCUAUCCUCUUUGCUUUUUGUGUCUGACACUCCCUCAAGGCCAUUAUUUACUAUAUAUCGAGAAUGAAGUGUUGAUGCCUGUCUAUCAAAAGUUCUCUGCUCUAUAGUUCUGUGCUCAUGCCUGGAACAGGAGAGAAUUGAUAGUAAAUUCAGAUAUACGAGUGUGGCUUAUAGGUUACACUAUAUAGGAUUCUUCAAGUAGUUACCUUGUAGGAACAAACCUGAUUUUGUGUAUUUUCUCGUACCUUCCUUUUUAAUAAGAGGUUGACAGCAUCUGAAGUCGCAAGAAUGGAAAGGUACAAUAUAAUUAAUGAAGUUGGCAAUGGAACAUUUGGAAAUGUCUGGCGAGCUAUGAAUAAGCAGACUGGUGAAGUUGUCGCUAUCAAAAAAAUGAAGAGGAAAUACUACUCAUGGGAAGAAUGUAUUAAUUUGAGAGAAGUCAAGUCACUUCGGAAAAUGAGCCAUUCCAAUAUUGUGAAGCUCAAGGAAGUAAUCAGAGAAAAGGAUAUUCUGUACUUCGUCUUUGAAUACAUGGAAUGCAGUCUCUACGAACUUAUGAAGGAUAGAAGAAAACUCUUCUCAGAAACUGAAGUUAGAAAUUGGUGCUUUCAAGUAUUUCAAGGUCUUGCUUACAUGCAGCAGCGUGGUUAUUUUCACCGGGACCUCAAGCCAGAAAAUUUGCUGGUUUCUAAGGACAUGAUAAAAAUUGCUGAUUUCGGUUUAGCUCGUGAGAUCAAUUCCUUACCACCAUAUACAGAGUAUGUCUCGACGCGCUGGUACCGGGCACCUGAAGUUUUGCUUAUGUCUCCAGCAUAUGGUUCUGCAGUUGAUAUGUGGGCUAUGGGUGCAAUCAUAGCUGAGUUGUUAACUUUGCAUCCCCUUUUUCCAGGUUUAAGUGAAGCAGAUGAAAUCUAUAAAAUAUGCAGUGUCAUUGGCAGUCCAACAGAAAUUGAAUGGGCUGAAGGGAUUAAACUAGCAAAUGCUGUCAACUUUCAGUUUCCCAAGCUUGCGGGUGUUCCUCUUUCUUUACUCUUACCAUCUGCUAGCAAGGACGCAAUUAGCCUUAUUACAUCCCUGUGUUCUUGGGAUCCUUGCAAGAGGCCAACAGCCUCAGAGGCUCUUCGGCAUCCUUUCUUCCAGAGUUGCUAUUAUAUUCCGCCAUCCCUUCGCUUCAAACCUGCUAUUGAGAGGAGUCCAUCUGGUGGAACUAGAGGUGCUGUGGAGCACAAACACUCGAGAUAUUCAGGGAAUAUGUCAUAUUAUAAACCACAAGCAGCACAGCGGAAGUUGGAAAUGAAUUAUCAGGGAGCAACUAAGUAUGAUAAAACCUUGAAGAGCACUGCCGUGGAAUCACCACCACGAUACAGACCACCUCUGAGGAAUAGCCCAGCUGAAAAGUCUUUCACAAUUCACGCAUGGAAGGCACGUGAAGUCUCUAACACGGCUGAGAAGUUGGCAAACAUGACAAUUGGCAAGGACAAAAAGCCUCCUAGGCAACAGAUGCCACCACCAAUGAAAGCUGGGGGAUGGGAUCCCCAGUCUGAUCCAUUUCUUGGCAGAUCUCAGGACUUUAAUCAUGGACGAGCGUAUAGCAGGAAAGUGGCAGGUUGAAAAGAAGCAAUCCAAUUGUUUUAGUGGGUGGAAUGUAACACUAUAACUCUACUUUCAGACUGUUUUUAUUCUUGAAUGUUUUGAUGGCUGUCACUUUUAAAUGUGUUGAAACUAAGCGUGAUAGCGACUUUAAAAAGCUUCAAAUGACUGUCGUAGUGUUUCAACAUUUUUCCAUAUGUAUGGUAACUUUGGUUCUUUACA